UUGUUAUUGUUGGUGACGCAUAGCGCAUCACCUCAGAGACAAGCAGUCAAUGGAGUCAAGUUGUCACAGCGAUGCAUUAAUGAUAAACAAAGUAUUACUUGUUUUUAGCAAACUAUUAACGUGAAACCACAGGCGAAGCGUCGAGUAGUAAUGCAUUAUUUAUAAUGACCGCAAAGGAAUUGGCUUAUAGUUGAAGUUACUUUAUUUCGGCUAACCAACAAGCUAGCCAGCCAGCUAAACUAUUCGAAGGCCUCGCCGCUUUCAACGAGGCCCAGCUAGCUAACUACCCUGCAUCGUUAAACACUCAAAACGUUUGUAGUGUUGUUUUACAUUCAUUGGCUAUAUGUCGGAGGAGAUCGCAUUGGUAAUGCAACAAAAUUUGGACAGGAGCUGCUGGGUAUGCUUCGCCACUGAUGAGGAUGACCGCACGGCGGAGUGGGUGCGUCCGUGUCGCUGCCGAGGCUCCACCAAGUGGGUGCACCAGGCGUGUCUGCAGCGCUGGGUGGACGAGAAGCAGAGGGGCAACAGCACGGCCCGCGUGUCUUGUCCGCAGUGCAACGCCGAGUACCUCAUCGUCUUUCCCAAGCUGGGGCCAGUGGUGUAUGUACUAGACCUGUUUGACCGGCUCAUCUCCAAGGCCUGUCCCUUUGCUGCCGCCGGCAUCAUGGUGGGCUCCAUCUACUGGACCGCCGUCACGUACGGGGCUGUCACCGUCAUGCAGGUGGUGGGCCAUAAGGAGGGCCUGGAUGUGAUGGAGCGGGCAGACCCCUUGUUCCUGCUCAUCGGCCUGCCCACCAUCCCCGUCAUGCUGAUCCUGGGGAAGAUGAUCCGCUGGGAAGACUACGUGCUGCGCCUCUGGAGGAAGUACUCCAACAAGCUGCAGAUCCUCAACAGCAUCUUCCCAGGUCAGAAGGGACACAUUGGGAUUGGGUGUCCGGUGCCUCGUAUCCCGGCGGAGGCCAGCCCCCUGGCAGACCACGUGUCAGCCACCAGGAUCCUGUGUGGUGCCCUGGUAUUCCCUACCAUCGCCACCAUCGUGGGCAAACUCAUGUUCAGCAGUGUCAACUCCAACCUGCAGAGGACCAUUCUGGGUGGGAUUGCGUUUGUGGCCGUCAAGGGAGCGUUCAAGGUGUACUUCAAACAGCAGCAGUACCAGAGGCAAGCCCACCGCAAGAUCCUCAACUUUACCGAGACAGAGGAGGCCUGACAAGGGCCAUGGAUAGACAUACAUAUUGAUACACAGGGGGAGUGGACGGAGCAUGACAGUGAACUCUGAGCAGGAACACUGUCGGACAUAGGGAUCAUUGGCGCCCCCUAACUCUUACACCCCUCUAAGUAGCCUCGCCUCACCUCGUUCUGUUUCUGCUCUUUAGGGAGUCAUCGUCGUAUGCGGCUGACAUUCGUGCUGUGUGAUUAUCACCGUGUUCUAUUUUAUUUUUAAAACAUUCAAAGGAGAAGAGACGAGACAAGAACACUGAUACAGACAUGCGUGCAAACACACACACUGAGUGUGCUCGUGCAUAUUCCACACAGGAGCUCUUUUUUUUUGUGAAAUGUGACUUGUAACUGCUAUGUUGCUGUAGCAAUAUUUGUUUGUUUUAAUCAAGUAACCAGUGCUUGUUGUACUUUAACAAGAUACAUCUGGGGCACGUGUAAUUAUUAGACAGGAAAGUUUUAUAAAUAAUUGUCUUACUGUUAAUUUUGCAGUUUUGAAAUUCUGUUUGCCAAUGAGGAAUAUUGUUUUCCUGUAUUGAAUGUGUUUUAAGAGAAAUUAGAUAUUUUAUCACUAAAGGGUGAUUAUUUGUUUUUACCUGCUCCCCUAAGACAUUGCUGACACGUUUCCAUUGGUAAAUAUCCCCAGACCUAUGAUACAUACUCUCCAUUAUUUAGAAGCACAGUACAAACAUAAGUGUGAUUGUCUGUACAUACAGUAAUUGCACAAUAUGUAUCGGAUAAAACAUUCAAGGGUAUUUCUUUUGUCAAAUGCCUAGAAGUGUUGUCAUUAGUUCUGUUUGUAGCUGAUUUUGUGUAAUUGUCUUCUACUCAUGAGAUGACAGAGAAUGUGAUGUGCAAGCCUGCAAUGGGGAGGUGGGUGGAUGGAUGAUAUAGAUCUGACACGUGCCGCAUCACCUUCUAAAUGAGAGCAUAAAAUGACAUGUCCACUGAAUAAAGGCGAGAUUUAUGUCUUUUAACCCAAAAUCGCAUAUUCCGCCACAUAUUUCCUUGCUAACGCCACCACUUGCUUUGUUUUUUAGUAUAUAUAUAUAUAUAUAUAUAUAUAUAUACAUAUAUAUAUAUAAUAUAUAUCAAGGCAGUCACAUAAUAACCCAUUCUGUAACUACUCUUUAUUCUAAAAGUGCGGUAUAACCAGUAUACAGUACAUUACGUGUGUGAAAAAGGCAUGCCAUAAACCAAUCAUUUGAAUAUUUAAUAUUAUUGUGCACAUCUCUUUUAGCUGUGCCUGGUAGACAGAUAUGCUCCAAUAAUCUGCUGUGGUCAGCUCAGCUUUUACAUGAACUCUAAAGAAAAUAUAUUAUGCCAAAAGUGACAUUUGAAGUUAUUCAUUGUAUUGUACAGACAUUGUUUCUCAAUUUAUAGUUUCAUGGUGGAUUGUGAAUAAAUGUAUUUUUUCAAACCUUGAA